GCUUCCCCACAUUGCCUCCCAAGCCCAAAUGGCAAGUUCAUUGCAACGAUCUUGCCGUCAGAAGUCAGUAUCAGGGCCGUCGAAACUCUCGAUGUUGUGCGAACCAUCAAGCUACGUGCAGAUCUUGCUGCUGCAAUCACCACAUUUGCGUGGUCGCCCACAGCCGAGAGCCUCUUACUCUCCACCAACGACGAAAUACACGUGUACUCUGCACCAGAUGGCGACCUUCAUGCGACCAUGCGUAACUCUUCUACAUCCGGAGCAAAUUUGAGUUUCGUGAAUUUUGGCGCUACUAAUAGGGAGGCUUGCGUCUGCUCCGCUCACGGGAUCACACUGUCACUUUUCAAUCUCGCUUCUCUGAAGACAAUCGAAAUAAGCAAUCCAAAGUUCUACACCGCAUCGUCUGCCACCCGCGGGUACUCAAUCCGACCACUUACGCAUCAUUUAGCACUACUUACCAGGACUUGCGGCAAAGAUACGGUCAGCAUUCAUGCUCCAGAAUCGAGACAAGUGCAGCGAUCAUGGAGUCCCGAUCUUGUAGAUGCACAAGGCCUAUCUUGGACUCCAGAUGGUAGAUGGCUGAUUCUGUGGGAGUCUGCCGCGCAAGGUCAUAGGGUCAUAUUCUACACACCAGAUGGUCACAAAUAUAAAGACUGGCGGGGAUCGCUCCGGUUGGCCUCUAGCGACAUGCAUGGCCGGGGAUUAGGUGCGGGUGUCAGACUCGUCGCGUUCAGCUCCGAAAGCCAAUAUAUGGCAAUUGGUGACUAUAGCAGAUGCAUUUCUGUGCUACCACUGGGCAGUUUGACAGAUGAACUGCAGCUCUGUCACCCUCACACCAUUGAGCCCAAGGAUACACUUCAGAUCUGGCAGGAACAGCUUGAUAGUUCUCAUGGGCAGAGCCUUGUGCACAUGUUCGCCAGAGCCUCCCAGCCCGUGGCGCCGGUUGUACGAAUGCCGUCUAAUGCACAAGAGCUGCGGACAGGCCCCCUUUUUAUACUUUUCGACAGUUCAGCGGCCUUGCUUGCGGUCGCACUAGAAGAUGCACCAAGCACGUUAUGGAUUUGGGAUGUCUCGGUUUCUGAACUACGUGCAGUUCUCAUUUUCCAUGCCGAGAUCUCUCGUGUCGAAUGGCAUCCAUCGCAGCCCGAACUUUUACUUGUGAAGUGUGAAGGACAAGACCAUGCUGGCAAAGUCUUUGUCUGGGACCCGCUGAGUGAAGGUCCUCGUGCUGUGGAUUUUACAUCACAUUUUGCGGGAAACGUGAGUGGUAGAUCAUCUGCAUAUUGGCUGCAGCUCCCGGAGGGGCCCGCGUCAUUGUUCUUUACGGACAGCGAAUCUUACCUUCUCGGAUCCAUGGCAGGACCAGAAGAUGGCAAUGUCCCAUGGCGUUUGUAUCAGUCAGCACCAUCGGCCAGUUCUAGACAAGCUGCACGAUCUCCGUUGUCGUCCGCUAAAGAACAUGACAUGGAUGACAGCGACAUGGGUGGAGAUGCCAGUCAGUUGGACGAUACUUUUCAAUUCAAGAAACUCGGCACCGAUUAG